UUUAACCCCUGGACAGGAGACAAACAGUUUUUCCCCCCACUCUAGCUGGUUUUAAAUGGCCUUGUUGCUAUUGGAGACGAGACACACAACAGGACCCAGAGCCAUUUUUGCCUACAUGUGCACUCCGGAGAAAUUUGGCCUUCAGUGCUCCACAUGCACUACAUGCACUCUGUAGAUAAUGUGCUGUUCUGAUUGUUUCUUCAAGACUUGAACCCUUUCUAUUGUUUUGGAUUAGAAAACAUAGCACAAUGCCACAAACGCUUCAGCCAUGCCAGAUUUUGGACCCUGGACAGUCUUUAAGGAAUAAGGAGCUUUACAUGAACCCGAAAUGGGAGGAGGAAUUCUGGGAGAAAUUCCACCACAAACACAAGCAGGUGUUUGGUGAAGUGAAGGAAAUGCUUCAUCUGGAGACUCAAAAAAUGGACGAGGCUGUCCAUGUGGAACCAUCCUCAGCAGCAGUGAGUGGUUUCCAAGUGAUGAGAACUCCAACCAGAAGUAGGGCAUCAGGAUGGAUCAGGCAGGUCCAGAGAACAGAAGGGGAGCCAAAAAUAGAGCUCUGUAUAGCCGAUGAAGGUGUCUGCCACUCGACUGCUCCAGACUCUUUGCAACAAAAUAAGGAUUUGCCCCUAAAGAGGCCAAAGUCUCUGAAAAGAGGAGACACCGACAACCUCUGGAAGCAUCUACAGCGCUCCAGGAAACUGGUUUCGGCAGUGAAGCAGGGCCGUAGCUAUUUUCAACUCCUCCAGGAGCAGGAGGAGCAGAAGAAUGAAAAGAGGAGGAAAAAAGAAGAGAGGAGAUGCACUGAUCUUCAUCAUCCAGCCUCCAUCGCUGACUCUGAGAUAGAGAAUGAGGAGGAGAGAAUAUCUGUUAAUGGAGGAGUCGCCUCAUCACCAUGGAGACAGAGCGACAGAAGGCAGGGCCAACGACUCCGCCCCUUUACUCCAGUCCACCAAUCACUGACUUCAGAUCAGCCACAGCAGCUAUCAGAGGAACAUGUGUAUCGGCAGCUGUGCUGUCUGUGCUGGUUGUUGGAGGCUCUGACUCUGGAACGUUCUGGAAAAUUCGGACCUGUGGUUUCCUGCUGGGAUGCUAAGGAUCCAGGGCAGAGCAGAAACACUCUGAAGGCUGUGAACAGAGAGAAGUUGAUUCAGGCCAAGUGGGAGCGAUUCAUCUCUCCACCUAAGUCUUUGCGUCCUGUAAUCAGACUGUCUCACAUCACCUCUCUGACCCACAAGUCCUCAGCCCUCAGUGCCGUGUCAUCAGCUGUGUUAACAACCUCGUUGCUAGGCAACAUGUCCUCCUGUGACGUCACUUUUUCGGGUGAAGAGAGCGAGUGUCCGAGCGUGGUGAUGUCAGAGACAGAUCCUCCCAUUUCUAAAUACUUGCAGAAGCUGCUGGAUGAAGUGCACCAGAGUGUUUCUAAAGAGCUUUACGGCUCAACCACAGACUGCAACUCUGAAACAGAUAUGAUCAGUUUUGAGACACUCAGAGCUCAGUAUAACACACAGGACAGCAGGGUCGCUGGGAAAUUGGAGUCGCACACACCAAAAAGUUCAGAACGUUCCCUGGCCUCCACGGUUUUUAGCCAUGAGAAGGCGGCCAUGUUGCAGGAAAUGAAGCUAAUGUUUAAAGAAAGAGCUCAAGAAUUAUCACUGAGUUUAACCGACACUCUCGACCUCAAAGCCAAGAAGAGGUGGAUGAGUGGAGUGCAGAGAUAUCAGUCCCUUUCCAACAUGUCUUCCUCUCGAUGUCGUACCUCCUCUGUGCCCUGUGUCACCCCAAAUCCACAAGUGCAGGAUUCUGAGACACCAGACACACCCUACAGUACCCUCUGGAUCUCAAAGUUAAUCAGCAGCAUGUCCGCUCACACACACUCGAACAGGAAGUUGGUGUGUGUGUUGGAGAAAUUGAAGCGUUACACACAAGAGAGAACUCUGCGUAUCCGACCACACGUCUUCCUCAGGGUCCUAAACUCCCUCCAUCCCUGGGAGCUGUGCUGUCCUGAACUGUGUGUGGCUAUAGAGAUAGUGAGGGAGAACGCAGUGAGGAUGUCUACAGAUGAGUAUGACUGCUGGCUGUGUGGUAAAGUCGACAUUCCACAGAGUGUAAAAGCCAAAAGAUAAUUUCUCCAAGUAUCUCUCUUUGUAAUAAUAAUAAUAAUAAUAAUAAUAAUUGUGUGCUUCCAACUUUGUGGGAACAAAGUUGAGUGUGAUGGUGCAUUUUAAUCACUGGAUCUCGUUGUUAAAUAAUGCAUUCUUUAAUAAAAAGUGUAGACUCAGACUUUUGGACUCUACUGUAAGGUUUCCAUCGCCCUUUUUCCAGAAUCAGAGCAACGUACAAAGUUAAAGCGACUAUUCUUAUCCUACUUUGAUAAGCUGUACUGGAGAGCUAUCAAAUCCCUGAGAAUGGUGGAAAAAAGGGGUCAAAGGUCACAGAGGCAGCCUCAGGGGGGCUACAGUGGGAGGGAGAGUUCGGAAAUCUCUGGAAUUGCGUCCUGGUUCCAGGUCUUAACAUGUCAGAGUGUUUGGUAUGAGAUUACCUACAGCGUGACUGCUGACUGAGUCAUUUCCGAGCAGGCAUGUGUGAUGUCCAGCAAAUCUGCUCAGAUCGAUAGAUCGAUAGAUAGAUAGAUAGACAGAUAGAUACAUAGAUACAUAGAUAGCACUUUCUUGAUGUGGAAGUUUAGGAAUUUUCAGUUGUCUAUUGUUCUUUAAUUAAUUAAACAUUGGUAUCAUUGUCGAAUUGCUGUGCUAUAAAGGAAUAAAAGAGGAAUAAAACACUUCGGGAGGCGCUGAUAUAGGAAAAUAAUCAACUACGGGGUGGUAACAGUAACUUCGCUUCAUCACACCACCCCUAAAUUUAAAUGAAAAUGUUAAAAAAAUUGGGAAUAUUAUAAACGUUGCUGAGAAAAAAAGGGGGAAUAAUCUGUCUCAAUAUUUACUACUGAUCUAAUCUGCUAAAGUGUCAUCAUGCCUGGUGGGAAAUACACACACACACACACACACACAGCAAACAAAGGACUCAUUUGUUAAUGUAAUUAUUAAAUACACUCAAUACACACAUUUAGAUGUGUACUUUGCUUAUGAACAGAUUGUGCCUGCAUUUGUAGGUCUGAAUAAGCCCUUGUGAGAGAGAGAGAGAGAGAGAGAGAGAGUGUGUGUGUGUGUGUGUGUUUGUUCAGCAUGUCCUUGGUACAUGGGCCUCCAUCUCUCUGCCCACUAUAUCAAUAACGCAACUGCCUACGGAAAGUUCAAUAUUUAUUCAGCACUUUACACUGCAGAAUGGAGAAAGUCUGUGUGUGUGUGUGUGUGUGUGUGUGUUGUAAUGUGUUUACACAUGAAGUUUCCCAUAAGCACCCAUCUGAGCCCCUGUGUAUGUGUUCAUGUAACAUAAGUCAGAGGUUUUUUAGAACCCUGUGUUAACAUUUUGGGUUAAAUUUCAAGAAAGGGGUUCAAGUUUAAAUCCUCCAGAUACUAUUUACGUACUUAAAUUAUUAUUUUUUUCUUCUUUAAAUGACUCCAGUGUAACUCCUGUUUCCCCAGGCAAUCCCAUUUGUAAAGUACAGUAUACAUAUACAAUAUAAAUAUAAUAAAUGUUGUAUAAAUGCAAUAUACAUAAUAUAAAUGCAACACUUAAGAAUAAAUGUAGUAUAAAAAUGCUAAAUGAUAUUACUGAUAGUAAUGAUAUGGAUCCUGAAAAGAAAUUUUACUAAAUUACUGCUCCGUUACGCAAGCAAAAAGAAACAUUGUGUGAAUUAAAUGGUUUUUUAUGCCAGUACAGUACUCAGUGUGACCUUACUGAUAUUUGUAAGGGUCAGAGUGUGAGGUGACCUUGACUGUGACACUGUGAUUAUAGCUAUCACUACUGAUUUUUUUUUAUAAAUAACUUGUCUUACUGUACAUGCUUUAUUUUUCAUCAUGUAUCAGAAAAGGCUACAAAAAUGAAAGAA